UCAACCUGGAGCCUGAGGCAGCAUGAUGCUUCAUACCGUAUCAGGGCUGUCUAACGUGAACACCUACCUGCCUAUCUUCGUGCUCACUGUUUGCGUCAUCUUCCUGCUGCACCACCACCCAUCAAGGAUGCUGGUGUGAACGUGGGCUGUGGUCCAGGCUCUGGACCGGCAAUGAUGUAGAAUGCGCUUUUGCUGGGUGACUAAGCUCCCGUGGGGAGUCCGCUCUGUGAGGAUGGCUGCGGCCAAGCAUUCCACGAGUCUGAAUCAGCUGAUAGCUUCCCGCUUAGAGUCCACAGCAGAGGGGUUGUCGGCAUGGCGACUCUCAUCCCGAAGUUCAGCAGCCAAUGCAAUGUACGGCGGCGUUCACUCAGCGUGGAAGCUUCUUGUACCUGGAUCACCAGCACGGCAGUUGCACCCGCUGGUGAAGGUGAUUGGCCGCGGCCUGCAGCGCCGCGAAAUGUCCUCUGUCCCCUUCUGUUUGGCAGAGAAUAAUGCAGUAGGAACGGGCCCCCUGGCAGUGCCUAUUAGCCUGCCAUCCACGAGUGCUUUGGAAGGCAUGUCUCCAGUUGAGGCUGAACCUCACGAGUAUGUGGUGGUCAACUUCUACCACCUAACCAACAUUGCGGAUCCCCUGGGGGAAGUUGACAGGCAGGCGGCAUUCAUGAAGGAGCGGGACUUUCGGGGCCGUAUCUACAUCAGCCACCAGGGCAUCAAUGCCCAGUUCAGCAGCCUGGAGGGCGAGGCGCACGAGUAUCGUCAGUGGUUGCAGGCAGACCCCCGCUUCCAGGACGUGCCCAUUCAGAUGGCGCGCGCGCCCGCGCAUGCCUUCCCACGUUUGAAGUUGCGCUACAAACCUGACCUGGUCAUGGUGCGGGGGGGGACCAGGCAGCUGCCGCUUACAGAGCCGCACGCCAGGGCUGUCCCCCUCUCCCCUGCUCAGUGGCGCCGGAAGUUAGACCAGAGGAAUGGGGACGCCAGUCAGCCCCGCAGCGAGGUGGACGAGAGCGGCAGUCCGACGCGGCAACUGCUGCUGCUGGACGUUCGGAACGGGUACGAGUGGGACGUGGGGCACUUCCAAGGGGCAGCCCGGCCAGAGGUGGACUGCUUCCGAGAGACCGAGUUUGGGCUCGCUGAGGGGGCGACGCCGCAGGACCCACUGGCUGGGGUUGACCCGCAGAGCGUGGACGUCAUGAUGUACUGCACCGGGGGGAUCCGUUGCGACGUCUACUCGACCAUGCUGCGGCAACAGGGCUUCCAGAACCUGUACACGCUCCAGGGGGGCGUCGUCAACUAUCUGAAGGAGGAGGGGCCCCUUCACUGGAACGGCAACCUGUUUGUCUUUGACUCGCGCAUGUCGGUCCCGCCUGCUGAGGUCAGCCUGGGGGCCAGCGAGGCCGCCCGCCUGGCUGCCAGAGCGCGGGAUGAAAACGGCGCCCAGGAAAGCGGCCAGUCUGUGUCGGACGCCGCCACGGAGCCGGAAAGAGCGACGGGGCUGCCCUGGGCAUCGUGCAGGAUCUGCGGAGCGUCAGCCACAGAACCGCGGCACCGCAACUGCGCAAAUGCAGACUGCAACAUGCUAUUCCUUUGCUGUCCAGCAUGCGCGGGGCAGCACCGUGGAUGCUGCUCCGCUCUGUGCGCUGCCGGGCCUCGCCUGCGGCCCUUCCUGCACGAGGCGGGCCAGUACCAACGACUGCACAACUACGACAUUGGACGGGCGGCGGCCGGAGGGCCGCUGAGCAAACGAGCAGUCAAGCGGAGGCAAGGGGCCGCCAGAAGACACGCGCUCCGUGUGCUCGAGGCAGCCGGGGAGUACUCUGAGCAGGAGUGGUCCGCGAAGCAGCACGAGUCGAACGACGACGACACUACAGCUGAAAGCCUUCAGACGCCCGUGCUGCAACAGAGUGCAUGAGGAUGCAACACGUGUCCCGACUCGGAGCUCGAAGGGCACCGCUAAAAACAGCUUCUGGCGCACGUUGUCUCUCAGUGUAUGUGCCCGAGCUUGAUCUUGUUCACAUGCUCGAGGAUGCUUGCCUCUGAGUCAGGACUGUAAGAGACGCAGUAUUGGAGGUUUGGAUCGAGAGCCAGGGCCCACAAGUGCUUCGCUUGAAAAUAAGCACUAUGCUCCGCGCUCUUGCAUCCAAGCAUAUGUCGAUUGGCUCAACAAUUAUUGCUAGCUUUUGAUACCCCGAGGGGCAAGACGACCUGGGUCAACUUAACCAGACACACGUGACAAGACCCCCUUGAAGUCAAAUGUUUAGCACAUUGAUUAGAGCUAGCUAGGGGUUUUUAGUCUGCAAGGAUUUGUCAGAAGGGCUCAGCUGCGGACAUGAAUGUAGACGAUGCUAUAAGAGCAUAUUGAGAUGAACUUGAAGAACGCUAGAAGGUCUACACUAUGAUAUAGGAUGUUGCGCAGUGGUGCCAUGUCAGCGGCCGCUAUAGCAAGUCAAUCAGCUCUCGCCGGCCGUCCAUGUUCUAACAGCUCGCUAGUUGGCACGCAUUCAGUCUGUAUUACGUGUGGAGUUGUGCAAACGAAAUGGUGAUGCACUGAUCCGA